AUGUGCAAUCCAAGCAGUAAAGAUGGUUUGUCAAUAGAAUAUGCGGUGCGUACGAACCUAGCUCAUUUUCAGAAUUGGUCUGAUGUGGUGAUAUGUGAGGAGUCUUUGGAAUGGGAGGGCAGAACCAUUAAACUAGUGUCAGGUAUUCCUUCUGAACCUUUAUCCAACGGCGAAACUGAAGAUGAUGGGAGUCCUAGUAGGGAGUUCUUGUUACCUGUUAGUUUAGCUCAGUACAAGGCCGAGUCUCUUACAAUUGAGUGCUUGGAUCACGUAUUUGAUAAACUGUGUAACCCAGGAACAAAAAGGAUCAUUUUGUCGAUUGUUAAUGACGAUGGAACAAUUGUUUUCUACUUCAUGUAUAAAGGUGUUCAUAAACCAAAGAAAAAUUAA